AUGCUGAAGAAGGAGGGUGUGUAUGAUCCGAAACGACUAUUUGGUGUGACGACCCUAGACAUUAUCCGAACCAACACGUUCAUCGCUAGUUCUAAGGGUCUGGACGUUUCCAAGGUGUCAUGUCCUGUCAUCUGUGGCCAUUCUGGCAACACCAUCAUUCCUGUCAUAUCUCAAUGCACUCCGUCGGUAUCAUUCACCCAGAAAACUCGUGAAGAAAUUACCGCUCGUAUUCAGAACGCCGGGACCGAAGUUGUGAAUGCAAAGGCUGGAGCGGGUUCGGCAACUCUUGCCAUGGCCUACGCAGGCGCACGCUUCGCCAACUCGCUUCUGCACGCGAUGAAGGGCCACGCGAACAUCGUUGAGUGCACCUUCGUUGAGUGCGAUGUGGCCGAUACCGAAUUCUUUGCUAGCCCUGUUCUCCUCGGGCCAAACGGUGUUGAGAAGGUGUACGGAAUCGGCAAACUCAACGAGUACGAGAUUGACUUGCUGAAGAAG